AUGCAACAAUACGAUCAACAUACACUGCCUGCUUACUACUAUUACAUCGACCCUGAAACGGCAUACAAACCGCAGACUCCGAGCCCGCUGGAUGAUCUGAUAUCGGUGUACGGUCUCUCUGAUUUGUCUCGUCAAGUGGCAAGAACUACGCCAGAUGGUGGGAAGGCUGUCAAAUUGAGAAAAUCAUACAAGAACCAAAUAAGUGAUCUCUCGGGGAAAUUCAACGUUAUACCGAACAGAGAAAAUGGAAAAGGUGGAGAAUUGGCACAGAUUUUGUUUCAGAAUAAUCCAGAUAUGCUGAAUCAAGUUAAUCGAUCAAAGGAUAUGUCACAGGAAGAAUAUUUUAAUCAACUACGCGAUAGGGAUUUGAAUUUAUUUCAACAAUCUAAUAAUUUGGAUUGGAACGUUUGUGAAAAUGUGCUGGCCCAAUUUGGUAAAUCUUAUCCAUCUGAAUUUCAAAAUCAACAGGAUAAUGGAUUUGUCGUGGAUGAUUUGGCAUUUGAUCUUGAUGGGACGGGUAAGGCAACAAGUAAUAAUGUCAAUAAUCCUAACGGUAAGAAGAGGAAAAACAAAUCAAAUGGAAGCUCUAUGGCUACACCAACUAGUGAUGUUCAAGACGAUUUGAAGAGAAGAAGAUUGGAGUAA